AUGGUUGAGCCUAGAGGGCAAUUGCCAGAGGAGGUGCUAGUGUUCAUCUUUCGCCACCUGCCCCUGAGGGACCGUGCUGCUGCUGCCAGGGUCUGCAGGGCAUGGGCCAUGGCUGCCACCUGCAGCGCUGUCUGGCAUGACAUCAACAUCAGUUGCAACCGUGAGAGGGAAGACAUGCUGCCGCCACAUACGUCUGACUGCCUGAACCACAUUCGCAACCUACGGCUGGAAUUUGAGCCAUCAAGGAAGCCAAGCCGCCAGACGGCCACCGAGCUGUUGAUGGAGCUGGCGGGCCGUGCCUCGGGGCUGCGAAGCCUGCGCCUGGAAUGCCGCGGAGAAAAGCCGCUCUUCGAUGCCGGCCGAGACGUUCUGGAUGCAGUGCACGCUGUUUGCGCGGCUGCCCGCGAGCUGCGCCACCUCGACCUGCGGCGCUUGCCCUUCACACUGGACGACGCACUGGUGCUGAAGGCAGCAAGUAACUGCCCCGAGCUCCACAGCCUUUUUUUGGACAAUGGUACGCUGAUUGGCAGCGUGGGGCCCGGCUCGGUGCUUAAGCUACUGGAGGCCUGCCCGCAUCUGCGCGCCCUCGGCCUGCAUCUGGCCAGUAUGUCGCGUGCCUCCCUGGAGGCUCUGGCCGCGCCGGACCGCACGCCUUUAGUUCUCCUGGCCCUGCGGUGCGCGUGCCCUGAAGAUGCACGCGCGUCCCCCCUGCCCAACGAAGCCUGGGCCGCGUUGCGCCGCCGCCACCCUGGGCUGGCGGUGGAGCUGGAGCUAGAGCCUGCGCUGCCAGCCGAAAUCGUGACGUGCGUCCUGCAGCCAGCAGUGCCGGUGGCUGCGCUGCGCCUCAAUCUCUCCUGCAACACGGUAGGCCCAGUGCGCUUUGCGGCGCGCCACUACGCUGCAACCCUGCGCGCGCUCGAGGUGCGCUCCAGUGCUUCCGCCGAGCUAGACGCUGCGCUCGAAGAGCUGGCGUCGUGCUGCACUGGCCUGCGCGAGGUACACUGCUUCUGCGUAGUGAGCCCCUCCGUGCGGGACGCUUUCCGCGCACACUGCCCGCGCCUGCGUGCCUACACGCUCAAACUAACGCGUGAGCCCCAUCCCUGGCGGCCCACGCUUGUGGCAUGAGUGGGCAACCCCUUCUCUCCCCCAGACAUGUGAGACCUCUGACAUGCGAGAUGGGGGUGCCCGGCCCUCCCCUACUGCUAGCCCCUUUCUUCGGGAUUGUGGCCUCCUGUGCCUCUCUAGGAUUGGGAAUUAUGGAAUGGCAUGGGACCAGUCCAGGGCACCCGCUUUCACUCGGUGUUUUUUUUUUUUGUUUGUUUAGUUUAGUUUAGUUUUUUUGAGACAGAAUCUUACUUGUUCACCCUCGGUAGAGUGCCGUGGCGUCUUUAGCUCACAGCAACCUCAAACUCUUGGGUUCAAGCAAUCCUCCUGCCUCAGCCUCCCAAAUAGCUAGGACUACAGGUGCCUGCCACAACACCCGGCUAUUUUUUUUAGAGACGGGUUCUCCCUCUUGCUCAAGCUGGUCUAGAACUCGUGAGCUCAGGCGAUAGCCCUGCUUUGCCCUCUUCCCCCCAGUGCCAGGAUUACAGGCGUGAGCCAGGGCACCCUGCCUCCACUUGGUGUUAGCUGUUCACAACUUCUGCAGAAGACCUCCUGUUCUGUCAGGCCCAGAUGGUAUUGGGCAGCCUCCCACCCCCACCACUCUGCGGACUGGGCCGCCGGCUCACAGGGGAGAGAGGGCACGGAUGCCGGCGAGGCGUCAAGGAUGUGUGAAAUAAACAAAUCCUGCCUAGUG